AUGUCUACUGAAAAACGGGACUUUUCUGCUUUACUUAAUACAAAAUGUGAACGAAAAAUGAAGAGGAAAGCGGCCAAACAGUUAAAAUCAACUUGUAAGAAAGGCCAAUCUCAACAACAAAUCAAUGUAGAUUCGAUAGUUGCAAAACAAUUAGAGGAUACCAAACGAAAGAAAAAACUUGAAAAACGAAGAAGGCUUAGAAAUAAAAAGAGAAAGGAAAAAAUUGAAUUGGAAAGAAAAAAGAGGAUUGAAGGGAAAAAUGAAGAAAAUUUUGAUGAGACGGAUGAGGAAGAAGGAGGGGAAGAUGAAAAUUGUACUAUUGAACAGUUUAGAGAAGAGGCCGAAAAAGUUCGUUCAGAAAGGUUAAAGGAUGAUUUGGAUGAAGACGACCGCGAAAUCCGUCGACUUGAAAGGCUUCUUAAGAAGAGUAAGAGAAGAAAGAAGGGGAAAACAGAAGUUGAGAUGAGUGAAGAUGAAUUGGAGAAGAUAUUUUUGGGAAAUGCUUCGAGUGGUGAAGAAGAAUAA